AUGCCGACUAAAGUGAUGAAGAUACAAGCAGAUGUGCAGCAGAUGAUCCAGGACAGAACAAAGAAGAUUCAAGACAUCAAACACUCAGCAGAACUCAGAAAACAAAACAUGGAGAAAGAGAAAGCUGACAGCGUUGAACUCUUCGCCGCUCUGAUGCGCUCCAUUGAGAGAUGUCGGGCUGAGCUGCUGGAGAAGAUGGAGGAGAAACAGAAAGCAACAGAAAAACAGGAAGAAGAGCUGAUUGAAGAGCUGCAGCAGGAGAUCACUGAGCUCAAAAGGAGAGACACUGAGCUGGAGCAGCUCUCACACACUGAAGAUCACCUCCACUUCAUACGGAGUUACCCAUCCAUGUGCAAACCUUUCAACACUAAGCAGUGGCCUGAUAUCAGUGUUAACACUCCUGUGAGUCUGAACACCAUCAGAGCAGCUCUGACUCAGCUGCAGCAGACUCUAGAUGACAAACUCAGUCAAACUGAGCUUAAGAGGAUGUGCUUAUAUGCAGUGGAUGUGACUCUGGAUCCUGAUACAGCUCAUCCUAAUCUCAUCCUGUCUGAUGAUGGAAAACAAGUGAGCUGUGGAGACAUUAAGCGUGACGUCCCAGACAACCCAGAGAGAUUUGAUCACUGUGUCAGUGUACUGGGGAAGGAGGGAUUUUCAUCAGGUAGAUUUUAUUUUGAGGUGCAGGUGAAGAACAAGACUAAAUGGAAUUUAGGAGUGGCCGGAGAAUCUGUCAUGAGGAAAGGAGACAUUACACUGAGUCCUGAGGAUGGAUACUGGACUAUAUGGCUGAGGGAUGAGGAUGUAUACAGGGCACUUGGAAAUCUCAUGCUUGUACUCUCUCUGAGAGUGGAGCCCCAAAAGGUGGGAGUGUUUGUGGAUUAUGAGGAAGGUCUGGUCUCCUUUUAUGACGUGGAGUCAAGGUCUCAUAUCUACUCUUUCACUGGACAGACCUUUAAUAGGAAACUCUAUCCAUAUUUUAACCCAUUACUAAACAAUAAUGGUAAAAACUCAGCCCCGUUGAUCAUCUCACCUGUCAAUUACAAUGAAUGA